CGUGAUGACGCAACAAGGCGGGAAUUCUUACAGGCUCUCGUUAAACGCUCAGAAGUCGCGUCAGUCAAAUGUUCGCCGAUUAAAACCGCGUAUGAACGCUCGACUUGAACGUAGGAAGAAAUAAACACGACAGCGGGGCUACAAAUGAACGCGGAAUCCGUUGUUGAUGACUCGCACGUCAAAGUUACGCCAAGGCAAAGGGGCGUGUCUUUACGGAGAAGACCUCCAGAUCCCGGAUGUAACGCCAGGAGCGUCAGUUCAGGUUUUAAAUCUCCAGUUCAGAAGACCGGUGUGGUGAAGUCUCCAGUGCGUCCUGAGGAAGAAGUCCAGGAGCUCAAGAAAACGCUUGACCGGCUGGAUUCAGAGAUCGCCUUGUUGGAAAAGGAGGGAUUCGUCGUAGAAGAGCUGGAUCAACACAUCGACCUGCUGCACGAAUACAAUGACAUCAAAGACAUCGGACAAACUCUGCUGGGCAGAUUAGCCUCCAGCCUCGCUGUGACUUCAGCUGGUCUGAGGGCCAGAGGGGGUCUGCGCCACGUCAUUCUCCUCCAUGUGAUCGCCGACAAAGACAACCGUCUCUCUGUGUCUCUCUCAGCCGGCCUGCGCGGAGUGACCACGCGAGACUUGUACAGUCACUUUGGCCUCGAGUUGGACGACUGACUGAGCUUCGUGAGAGGAUACGGAGCGCCUGGAAGAUGCAUCGGGCUGCUUUCUUCAUGCUGUUGUGUCCGAGGAGAGAAACUGAGACGCGUAACAUUCUUAAAGGAAUAGUUCAGCUAAAAAAAAAAAUGCACUCGCCCUCGGGACAUUCGAGAUGUAGAUGAGCUUUGAUGUAGAUGUAGAAGCGUGGCAUUGCAUCACUUGUUCAUCGAUCGAUGCUCUGCAGUGAAUGGGUGCCGUCGUCAUAAUAACGCCACAAUCAUCCACAGCGCUCCGGUCCAGCGCUCAUGAAGUGAAACGUUUGAAAGACACACAAUCCUCCAUGAGGCGUUUUUUAACUUCUAAUUAAUAACUAAUUCUUCUGAAUUGGGGAAUAAAUGAGUGAAUGGCUUUUUCACGGAACAAAGCUUUAUUAGAGAUCGUAAACCUAUUUUUUUGGCCAGAAGCGAAGGUUCGACGUGAAAACGUGUUACAGAUACGUUUGUUUCACACAGAUACACAGCUUUUGACUUCACAGGAUGGACUGGAGUGCUGUGGAUUAUUGUAAUGUUUUAUCUGCUGUUUGGACUCAUUCUGACGGCACCCAUUCACUGCAUCAUUAGUGAGCAAAUAAUGUAAUGCAAUUUUUUUCUCCAUCUCUUCCCAUGAAGAAACAACCUCGUCUGCAUCCUGGAUGUCUUGAGGGUGAAUCCGUUUUAACCAGAUUUUUGGUUGAACUAUUUAUUUUUUAACUCCGAUCCAUGAUACACAUGAACCUUCAAAGAAAUGGAAAGGCUUCUGUCAACAUUAUGAGAAGAAUUGCCUCGGAGUUUAUCUCGCCUCCUGCACUGCACACAUUUUUCCUCGCAUUGUGUUUGUGCCAAAAGCAAGGGGUUUUUCUUCACGAGAGGCCGUGUAUGAGAAUCUGUCUACACCCUUGAAGGUGUCAUCCACAUCUGGUGAAUUAAAGCAAACACACUUCUGUCAUCGUCUACUCGCCUUCACGUUGCUUCAAAACCUAAACCUGUGACUGAAUUUCUUCGCGGAACCCAAAAUGAGAUGAAACUUUGAAGAAAACUCUUAUUUAGAGCCCAAAGAGCAGCGUGGACGUUCUUCAAACAAUGCUCCAUUGCAAAAAAAAAGCUAGUCAUUAAAGUUUGGAGCAGUGUAAUACAAAUGUUAGUUUAUGGGUGAUCUAUUCCAUCCAUUCCAUUGAUUUAAUUAUGCAGUAUUGUUGAUUUCAGUUUGUUAAUUUACAUAAAAUAAAAUUCAUUUUAUGUGCUA